AUGAGAUUGCAGACAAGAAGUGUUCUGUUAGUAGGCCUUCUUUUUUCUGGAGUAUUUAUUUUCUUUGCUUUGGAGUUAUGGUCCAUUCUUCCGUUUUCCGAUGAUGAAAAAGAAGUCAACCCGUCUCCUUUCGACGACAACUUGGUCGAAGUUGCCGUAAAAGCGGAGACACCGCUUGCCAAAAAGAGGGACACUAAGUGUCUGAUGCAUAGCUGUUUUGACGUAUUUCGAUGUGCAGUGAAUGAAAACAAACUUAUAUCUGUCUAUGUGUAUCCUUACACCCGCUAUUUGGACGAGAAUGGGCAUGCUGUCAACCAGGAAAUGUCUCAGGAAUUUUAUGAACUUUUCGCAGCCAUAGUAAACAGCAAGUACUACACUUCUGAUAUGAAUAGUGCCUGUAUUAUAAUUCCUUCGAUAGACACCUUGAACCAAAAUGGUCUAGACGUCAAAGGCAUCGCCAGAAUUCUUUCUGGGCUACCCAGGUAAGUUCACUCCGCAUAUACUGAUAAUACAUGUAAGUGAAACAAAAAUACAGUGAAACCUCUAUUAAGCGGACACCUUCGGGACCCUCCCAAGUUUCCGUGUAAUAGAGGGUGUCCGCUUAAUGGAGGUUGUAAAAAUUGUGCAAUGUUUGUUAACGAUCAGCGUUCAACGGUUACUCUGUACUGUGAUAAAGUUGCAUAUUGUUAAAGAAGCUAUCCAGAGUUCAAGUUCAUUACCUUUCAUUACCAACUUUAAUUUGUUUGUAAAUGCAAAAACAUUAACUGACUUCAGUCCGUAUUUCAAGAACAUAUUCCAAUACUACUUUUGUCCGGUGUCUGCUUAAUAGAGGUUAUUAACAAUAGAAAUUAGCCAAAUACACCUUAUUUUAGUGUCCACGUUCGCUUAAUACAGGACAACUUGGAUUAAUAUUAAUCGGAUUAAUAUUAAUCCUAAUGAUUAUUAUAAUCCAGUAAUAGAUUAUUGUAAUCCAGUAAUAGAUUAUUAUAAUCCAUUACUGAGGUUUGAGCCGUGCCUUGAUCAAUUAGGAUUACUAUUAAUCUUAUGUAGGAUUAAUAUUAAUCAGAUUAAUAUUUAUCCUAAUAUUAGAUCCAGUAAUAGAUUCUUAUAAUCCAUAACUGAGCUUUGAGCCGUACCUUAAACGAUUAGGACUAAUAUUAAUCUGAUAAAUAUAAUCCCACAUAGCUCAAAUUUGUACAAGUCUCUCAAUAAAGAAAAUAUUCUAUUCUAACCACGACGAAUUUGCUACUUGUGCUAGUAGUUUGUGAACAAAACUCUUAAUUACAUUCAGUCAAUAACCGCACUCCUUAUUAUACGUUAUUAUAUUUUAGUAGCAGAAGUCGGCAGUUGUCUCAGCUCUGCUGGUAAUACAGUUGCAACUGAAUUUUUUGCAGGGAUGAUUAUUACUAAUAAUAAUCUAAUCCUUCCAAUUUUUGCCGUGCCUUAAUCUAUUACUGGAUUAUAAUAAUCUAUUGCUGGAUUAUAAUAAUCUAUUACUGGAUUAUAAUAAUCUAUUACCGGAUUAUAAUAACCAUAUUAUAAUCUAUUAUUAUUAUAAUCCACGGAUUAAUAUUAAUCCGAGUUGUCCUGUUAAUAGAGGUGUCCGCUGAAUAGCAGUUCAUUAUAAAGGGAAAUAUAAGACGUUAAUUUCGGGACCCGGCUUAGUGUCCGUUUAAUAGAGGGUGUCUGCUUAAAUGGGGGUCUAUUAAUAGAGGUUUCACUGUAACGGUAAUUGAAACUGCAGAUAUUGCUCCAAAUGUAACCAGGGUUCAAGUUUUGCCCAGAAGAUUAAUGUACCAGUCAAUUCCAAAACUACCCAUCCCCCUCGCCAAACUGUUUGAGAGAUGGUGAUGUCAUGCGCAAUGUGAUCUCAUCCAUUUACUGUAAUUCGUAACAGCCAUGACAAUGCCUCAAACAGUUCAGAAGGUCUGCCUGUGAUGUUAUUCACAAAAGAAUUUAUUUUAAUCACCCUUCAACAAGGUAAUAUUGUCAGCAAUCAUUCACUUGCUUGUGUGCAGAAAUAGUUUUGUAACAAAGGGAGGGCACAUUUAAAUGUUGACUUUGAAACAUUUAAUUAUGUAGCUAGUUUAGGCUAAGCCUUUAAAAAGACCUAAAACUAGCUCUUAUGGUAGCCUGCAAAUACAGCCAUGUUUCCCACUCUGCACCGCUAGGGACACUUUGCAGGAAAGACAUCUGCACCUCAGUGACAGACAUUCCAUACUGAUUUCCGGAACCUGGUCAGGAGCACGUAAGAGUUAUUUUAGCUGCAAGACUCAGAAAAUGCAAGCGCUUCUUGUGUAUGUGUGUAUGUGUACUUGCCAAAAGAGAAUCGUGGUCCCAGGCAUUCCUAGUGACGACUGUGGAAACUGGGGAUACAAAUCGUGAUGUGUCACAGCACCAUUGCUUUAUUUUGUCAAGAAAGCUUAAGAAAGGUUGAUGCGAAAGGUGUUGAGCCUUUCCGGAAUGGGUCGGUCCACAAAUUCUAUCACCUUAAAGCGUUGAUUACUUUGGCACAAGUGAAUACUUUACUGAAAAUUUUGAUGGUGAGGCUAUAAACUGGUUGGGUGUUGUAAACUUUCAUUGUAUGCAAAUGAGUCUUGUAAGGAGCAUGCAGUUUAGUUUUGCCAAUGAUUGAAAUGACAUGCCAUGUUCAUCACGUUUUUGGUCUCUGGCAAUGAUGUUAUUUCUCUCAAAUUGAUUUUCGUGAAUUUAUACACUCGUUCUCAAUCAUUGUUGAAUACAAUAUAAAAAGUAAACAUCCUGAAGAAUACUCGAACAUCAAUGAAGUAGGAGGUGACAAACUUUUAGUGAAGAAAUCCUGUUUUGUGUAUUAUUAUAUAGCUGUUAGUUAAUCCGAUUUUGUCAUAUUGUUAAUAUAUAGAUUUAGCCAGGGCUAAAAGCGAAGCUCUCGAUAAGAUUUAUAGUUUGCUCAAACAAAAGGUAAAAUCGCGAAAUGCAAAGCGGCGAAUGCAACAAGAACGGUGAAAAAACAACAUGUCUGAUUAGCGAAAAAGCAAGUUUGCACGUGCAGCACACCAUUUUUGUACAUUUCUUUGCCGUUGUUUUGUAAGACUACAACAAGAAACUUCCAGAAACUUCCUGGCUACACGUUUUAUGGAGGAAAUGUCAUACGUGUUCUUGUUCACUUUUUUUCCACUGUCGUUCAUUUUCACCCAGGUGGCCGCUAGCAUUUCUUAUUUUCUCACUGCUGCUACAAAAUUUCAUGUUGUUCCUCCAACAAAAAAUGUCUCUGUUGUUUUUUCUAUCUCACUCUAGCUCCUUUUCUCAUUGAGCUUUGCUGGCCUGUCGCCUUACUUUCUCUUUUUCUCUCUCUUUCUCUUUCUCUAUUUUCCAAAUUUGGGGAAAUGACAAUAUUAUUAAUCUACACCUAACACUUUAGACAACAGGAUACAAAAACAUUUUCCGCUUUCCGUUUUUGACUCUUUAGCUGUCUCUGCUUCACAAGAAGUGGGUGGCCAUAUGCUUUCCCACCAAAAUAACCUGACAUUUAGCACCGGCUUACAUGAAUUGGGUGUACAGACGGUCGGUGUUCGUACACUACGUCACAACCAAAUUUUCUCGGAUGGAUAGUUUACCAAAUUUUCUUACCCAUGGUACUCCGCUGGUGCACUAGCACGCGAGAGCUCUGCUAUAAACUGUCCAAUUAAGAAUUAAUUUGGAUAGUUUCAGACAGGACUUUCCUUUAGAAAUAAGCAAACUGUCCAAAUUAAAAAAGAAACAGUGUAGGAUCUGAGCCGACCAAAUGCCAGAAAAUGCGAUACAAUUUGGAUUAAUUAACCAGCUAUGUCAUGCUUGUCCAAUUUGGAGAUAACUGAAUUAAAAAAAUUGGCUUUCCUUGGAAUUUUUUUCAUCGAAUCAUUUCCAAAUUGGACAGCAUAUAGUCCUAUGACAUAUAUCAAUUAGUUGCCUUCUCAUUUCUUUUCUAAUCUCCAACCAAGCAAGACUUAUUUAACGCUUUUUUAACAGCAUUCUUGUUCUCGCUUAAAAUGUCAGCUUAAGUGGAAAAAAUUGACACAGCAUUGAUGGUAAAGAUUUUCCAAGUUUCAGCCAGCAAGGGAAUGGGUAAAUAAAGUAAACCCAGACACUUGCCUGAUUAGCACGCAAAUUUAAGCAUAACAUCUUGACCUCACGACUUUGUUUACAUAUUGUCAUGCAAACACACCUCAGCCAAUCAGAGAGCGUGUACUAUCUUAAUUAUUAUUUUAGCUAUUUACAAUGACAGACAAAAGAUAAAAGGCAACAGAGAACAAAUGUAAACAUGAUGAAUCUACUGUUAUUUUUGAAAUGCGUGUAAAUUCUUCUUUAGAAAAAGCAUUUGAGUUUUGCUUGCCACUCGUUCAAAGAAGAACUCAAAACUUAACAGUAAUAGACCAGGAGAAACAUAAACUCAAACGAAUUUACAUUUCAAUCCCCAUGACUACCAGAUUAAUUAUGUAAACAUUGAUUUUGUAUGUCAUCAGUGUGGAUUUUGUGUCAUGAAGGUGUAGAUGUCACUCCUGCAAAAUAAUAGUCUCUAGUGGCAAGGAGUGAGGAGAUCAGAGAUGGCUGGCUUUUAUCAUUACCAAUAUCUAUUAAAUUUCUUUUUUAGCAAUAAUUAUGCUUAAUCUAAAUGUGAGUCAAAAGAGUAAACCAAAUGGUACCCAAGGAUAACAUCCUAACAUCCAUAGGAUGUUAGCACUUAUUUUAUUUGCAAUAGUGUUUAGACAGAUUUUUUUAUCCUUGUAGUUGGAAAGAUGGGGGCAAAAAUCACUUGCUGUUUAACGUGUUACCUGGCAGCCCCCCAGAUUAUAACUCAUCACUGGAUAUUGCAACCGAUAAGGCAAUCGUGGCUGGUGGUGGAUUUGCCACAUGGAGCUUCAGACCUGGAUAUGAUAUUAGUAUUCCUGUAUACAAUGCUCUUACCAGGAAGAAGGGUCAUUCAUCAACUAAAAGGUUAGGGGCCGAUGUUAUUAACACUGAUUUGUCAACCUUGCCACACAAUAGCAAAAAUAUUGAUCAUACUUGUUUGUAGAGCACCACCUGCCUCAGGGGGUUGCAAAGUGAGCAUUUCAAUCUAAGAUUUGUUUGCUUUUAUUAUCCAGUCGUACAUGCAGUAAUAAAAAUUAAGGCAACUUUUGUGACAGCCUCAAUUCAUGGCAUUAGAUUAAAGGUGCUCUAAUAUGCUUCUGCUUUGACAUUUUGAACUUGGAUCUCUUUUCAAUAAUCUUUGUACGGUACUAGUUGGGACCGAAAUACAGUGAACAAGACGCCAUGUAGUUUACAUAUGUGAAACCCUAAACUAUUGAUCUAUUGAUAACAUAUUGUAACAUCCUUCCCUUUUUGACGAAUCAAAGCGUCUAAUCAACAAUUAAUCAAGUCCGUGAUUAAUUCAAGUUCAAUGUUCGUGACACUAAAGCAAAUCGUGCCUUAAUUAGCUAAACUAUGUCUUGUCUCAUGAAUCAUGCCUUAAUAAUUGCUUUUCUUUUUUUUCUUUGCUAUUGUCUGCCCUUCAAUGAUAACUGUCCUUUAGUGCGGACAUAGUCUUGUAGGUAUGCGGGAGAACUCGUGGUUCGCUGUGGUCUCGAGUUCUGAGGUGUGGUCAUGUUCCUUGUAGGAGAGGAUUCCUUCUGAUUUUCACUGGCUCUGUCUGUUUUUCCUGUGGGUUUUGGAGAACCAGGUGCGGGUAACAUAUCUUUUUUCUCUGCACCUCCGAGUUCGUUGCUGUCCUUGUUGUCCGUUGGUUCUGAUGGUGUCUCUUUGAGUCUUCUUAAGAUGUACCCUGUUACGGCGGUAUGUGUCUCCUUCUGGCGUUUCUACCGUGUAUGAUAUUUCAUCCAAACGACUAGUUACGGUUGCCUUUCUCCAUUCCUUAUAACCUAAGCGAAAUGGUUUCAUGUGAACGACGUCGCUGUCGGACAGCUCUGAUAGGCUCCUCUCACCGCGAUUGUAGUAGUUGGCUGUCUCAGUUUGACGCUUUCUUAAGAGCUUAGUGUCCCUUUCAGGAUACAUCACUCGAGGUUGUAGUAGUGAUCUGGCUGUUGGCAAUAGUUUCUUGGUGCGUUAUUCAUCAGUCUUUGAGCCGGACUGGCGUCCAAUCCUUGGUUCAGUGUAUGACAAUAGUCCAGGAUUGCCAUGUACGGAUCUCUUCCACUGUCAAGGGCUUUCCGGAGGUGAUUUUUGGCAGUGUUUACGGCAGACUCUACUUUCCCGUUUGCCUUGGGGUUACCCGGGCUGCUUGUUAGGUGCUCAAAUUCCCACGUGCCAGCGAAUUUCUGGAAAGUGUCGGAUGUAAACUGGGGUCCAUUGUCACUAAUAACUUGGUCAGGACAUCCGUAUCGUGCGAGGGGACUCUUCAGCUUGAGGACCACUGUACUGGCAAGGGUGUUGUUUAACUUGGCAAUUCCCAGUAGUUACUGAAGUAGUCGAUUGUAAGGAGGAAAUCUUUGUUGUCAAAGGAGAAGAGAUCAACUCCGAUUUUCUCCCGUGGCCUCGAGGGCGUCUCCACAGGCAUGAGGGGUUCUUUGGACUGACUAGCUUCAAAUUUUCUACAGGUUUUGCACAUUGCAAUCAUUUCUUUGAUUUCAGCAUUCAUUUUGGACCAAAAUACACACUCUCGUGCACGGUGUAAGCAAGAUUCUGCUCCCAUGUGAGACGAGUGGAUUCUUUGUUUAAUGUCUUGUCGCAGAGCUUGCGGUACGACGACUCUCUCACUCCUCAAUAUUAGUCCGUCCUGAACAGACAGUUCAUCUCUGACGAUGAAAUAAGGCAUUACUUGCAUGGGAGCGUCUUUUCUCUCAGCAGGCCAACCUUGUAAUAUGACAGAUUUAAGGAUUUGAAGUGUCUUGUAUUUGUCUGUCUCGCGUCUGAUCUCUUACAGUCGUUGAUCCGAGAUCAGAAGAAGGCUGGCCGUGUUGACUUGCUCAAAUUCGUUUGCUUCUUCAACGGUCGAUCUCCGCUCGGGAUAUUGGCACUACAACCUUGAUGAAGACUCAAGUCUCCUAGCCACCUUCGCCACACCGUUUGGGUGAUACGGCUGGCGAAGACUGCCCUUUGGUUUAUCGCUCUCUUCGGAGAUUUUCCAGAAAAGGGUUAACAAAUUCUAGAAGGCCUAGAAGGAGUACUAGACAUCACAGAUGAUAUUUUGAUAUACGGUGUUGAAAACACUGAAAAAGAAACCAAUUUAAACCAUGAUCGAAAGCUCCUAAAAUUCCUAGAAAGAUGUAGUUGCAUGAGCAUGGCUCUUAAACCGGAAAAACAUAAAUUGUGACGAAAGAAAGUCACUUUCAUGGGACAUGAACUGACAAAUGAAGGAAUCAAAAUCGAUCAGCAGAAAGCCAAAGCAAUCUUGGAAAUGCCUAACCCCACCAAUGUGGAGGAAGUUCAACGCCUGAAUGGCUUUGUGGAUUACCUUGCAAAGUUCCUGCCCAAACUCGCUGAGAGCUUGGAGCCAAUACGUCGACUCACCCACAAGAAUGAAAGAAACUGCCUUUCAAGAAAAUAAUACAGAAACUCGUCACAGAGGCGCCGGUUCUCAGCUACUACAACCCUUGUAGUGACCUACAAUCUUGGACAAAACUGUUGAGAAAAUUGCAUACUUGGAGGGCAUUUUUUCUAAACUUCGUAGCCGACCAAUUCUUCCCUCCCCCCCUCUCCCUGGAAGCAGUGUUGUUGGGUCUUCAAAAGAAAGCCCGAUCCCUAAGCAUUUGUAGGAAGCAACUUUGAACUGGGGGAGGGGGUUUUCUUUACGCAAAGCCGUUGAUUCGGAAAUAGUUUUGUUGCGUUAGGUAGUGCGCAUUAAUAAAAACAUUUCCUCAAGUAGUUUUGUCCAGGAUUGUAGCUAUCCAAUGCGACGCCAGUCAAAAGGUACUAGGCGCAGCCUUCCUUUAAGAUCAGAAACCUGUGGCUUACGCUAGUCAUGCGCUCACAGAAACUGAGACACGCUAUGGCCAGAUAGAGAAAGAAAUGUUAGCCAUCGUUUACGCUCUUGAGAAGUUCAAUCAGUUUACCUAUGGAAGACACGUCACCAUUUACAGCGAUCAUAAACCCCUUGAGGCCAGUUCAAAGAAGCCCUUAGCACAUGCACCCCGACGACGACAAGGUAUGAUCAUGAGGUUUCAAAAGUACGACUUUGAUGUGCAGUACGAAAGAGGAAAGAAUAUGUACAUAACAGACCUCCUAUCUAGAGCCUUUCUGCGAAACACCGACCAUGAGGAUAUUUUAGCCUUUGAUACCUCCGGGAGAAUGUCAUCAAGGACGGGAAGCUGAUAGCGCUCUCUUUUUAGGGCUUUGUUAAGUGUUCUCGGGUCUAUGCAGAUCAUAAGGGUUCCUGAUUUCUUGGUCGCUGUAACUACACUACUGGCCCAUGGCGUUGGCUUGUCAACUGUGAAGAUGACUCCUAACUCUUCAAGUCGUGUGAGUUCUGUCUUGAAUUUUUCUUUUAGUGCUGUGGGUAUUCUGUGAGUUGGAGUGACUUCAGGCCUCGCGGAUUCAUCCACUUCUGUGUGUACAACUCCAGAAAAGCAGCCAAGUUGUCGUUCAAACACAUCAGGGCCCAGUUGUUCGAACGCGGGUUAGCGCUAACCCGGGUUAAAUUUUAACCCGGGUUUCUUUUUCCUUAUUAUCAAAGCACUCUCUCGGAUAAUUUUCUCUAUUUUUUUUAGCAUAUCCAAUCAUCAAAUUGUAGGCAAAGAGAAUUCAACUGAAUUGGCUUUUUAAGCUCUUAUAUCUGAGUUCAAAAAUUAGCAAUAACCCUGGGUUAUCUUAACCCAGCUUCGAACAACUCGGCCCAGAGGAUUAGAUUACCACUUGGUCAAGAGUCAACAGAUUGUUCACUUUUGGUUUACUCCUCUUAGGCGGUGGAGCUGGCUUGAAGUUGUCCCAAUUCACAGUGAUCAAUUUCAUGUGCUGUGCUGCUCUAGCUCCCAUCAAGGGAAGCAAUUCUUCAUUGACCACGACAAAUUCCACUGAGUAUUUGUAGCGAUUGGCUGGGUUCGUUGCCGUCCCAAGUGGCGUGACUUCCGUUUUGUUCCACAUGAUGAGGGUUUUUGAAGUGGGUGUUAAUUUGUGCUUGUCAACUAUGCUCUUGGGGAUGAUAUUUAUCAAAGAGCCGCAAUCCAUUUGAAAUAUGACUGAUUUGUCAUCAAUUACCAUCUCAGAAGAGAUUUCUUUUGCAAAGUGGCGCUUAUCAGAUGGUCCAACAGAACACACGUUUUCUGCUAUACUAGGUAUGUAAUCAACUUCUUCGUCAUCCUCAGCGGGGCUAUCUGUUGGUUCGAUAUUGUGCACAUUUUUGCCACUCUUCUUACAUUUGUUUGCGAAAUGAUUUCUUCCUCCACACUUGUUACAAUUAUGUCCCCAGGCUCGACAUUGACCGCGAAGAAAGGGGUGAUUUCCACCACAGAAGUUACAAGAUUUUCGUGACUUGCCAUUCUUUCCAUUCUUUCCGUUCCGAUUAUUGUAAUUGCGGUGGCGAUAGUUUUCUUGUUUUCCCUUUAUUUGAUGAACAUCUUCAGACGUUUUUGCCUUGCAGUUGUGAAGCUGUCGAUUCGUUGCUCCGGCAGAUAUCUAUACACUUGUUGAGUGUUUCGUUCCUGUAAUAAUCAUUUUCUUGUCUGCGGGUUGCACACACCUAAUAAGAUCCUAUCUCGAAUGAGGGUGUCUCUCAAACAUUCGCAGAAAUUGCACGUCUGUGCGAGAGUACGAAGCGUUGCGAUAUAUGAGUCAAUAGAUUCCUCAGGUGACCGGUUUCUGCUGUUAAACACAUAACGCUCAUACGUCUUGUUAAUUUCGCCAAUUGUGAAUUCUUCGAACUUGUUUAUGAUGCAUUCCAAUUUCUCGCUAUCAUCUGGGUUUUCAAAAGACACACCAUUAACAAUCUUUACGGCCCCAGGACCUAUGCAGUGCAGCUACCUUGUAUAGAACUUUGUAUGCUUCAGGCUGCGAAGUAAUAUUCAUGAUUAUUGCGUAGUUUUGCCACGCUUGGUUGAAGGUCUUCCAGUUGUCCGCCACGUUCCCUUUCACGUCCAAAGGACGGGGAGGGUGAAUUCCUUGAAUAGGGGAAAUAUUGCUUGCUAUAGCGUUUGCGGCGGUAGAAGGAGUUGCAACAGUGGACGUAUUAGUAGAAGUCGUUUCGUCUCUAUCACUCAUGAGUGUUGUAAUAAAAAUUGCGCUGCCACCAUGUUUCAAUAAGCUUUAUACGGUACUAGAUGGGCCGAAAUACAGUGAACAAGACGCGAUGUUGACCACAAGUGUUAAAUUGGGUGUCAUUUAAGUGUACAUAAUAUUGAUCUGUUGAUAACAUAUUGUAACAGAUUUAUCAGAGUUUCAAAGACUUAAAGCAAUGAUUGCCAAAAAAAAUGAUAUUAAUUAUUGUGAUCCUGAACGUGACGUUAACGUAUUUUGAAUUUUGUACCUCUAUGUUACCUGGGUGACAAAAAGGUGAAUUAAAUUAUAAAGAAAUUAGAAAAAAAGGACAAGGUUAGUUCCUUCUUCUUGCUUUCAAGUCAUUUCUACUGUCCUCUGUUUUCCUCAAGCAUUUUGUUGUUUUUAAUAGAAUACGCUCUGCAUUCAUUGUCGAUGGAAUUUUCAGAAUGAGCUGAUGCGAACCCAAAAUAAGAUAUCAUUUUAGGAUUUUUUGCUAACUUUCAUUUUCGGGGCCUAAUAAGUUGUCAAGAAAUAAAUGUUGUUUCUCUGUUGGUGACGCAUGCAUCUGUUGAAGGAGUCAUCCAUUAAUGAUGAGGCAAAGUUCCUGGCAGUAAGGCUUGAGAAACCAAAAACAUGAAACAUGAACCUUUGAAGCAAAAUCACCCACUUCUUCAGAAAAAAAGAGUUCUCUUCCAUUGUACAAAGGAUCCUGCAGCCCAAAACCAUUGCUGAUUCAUUAAUAAUCGAAGAGGCUUCAACACUUGCCAUCUCUGCGGUCUGCCAAUGCAAAAUUAAAACACAGAAGAAGGAGCUAGCCAUGCAUGUGUCCAGUGAUCUCUGCUAUGACGAAAAACUGAAGCCCUUGUUCAUCAAUGACCACACUGUCAGAAACAUAUUAUUCUAAUUCGCCGAUGAGCUCCGUGAUAUGACAAUAUUAAUCUCCAAGACAUCUUAGUUUGGUAUGACAUAUCCUCACUCUUUAUUACCUUUACCAAAAUACGUACCUGUAGAUACAGGUAAUUGUAAGACCACAAAAAGAGCCUUUGAAAAUGAUUGUAGUUCAAGAAAGAACUGCAGUACCAAACAUCAAGACUUGCCAUUAAAAAUUGGCUACAGUGGAACCUCGAUUUAACCAACCUCAUAUAACGAAGUCCUCGGUAUAACAGACGAUUUUCAUCGGCCUGGCCAAAAUUGCAGUAAAAUGUAUGGAACAGAACCUUGAUUUAACGAAAUCCUCGUUAUAACGAACAAAAUCCCCAAGUGUAAAUGUAAAAUGUACCUCGAUAUAACGAAUAAAUCUCAUAUGUGAUAAAAGAUGAAUGCCAAACAGACCAACAAGCUACUUGUAGGAUAAAAUUUAUGUGGCAGUAGUUUUAAGGUGAUUCCCUAGUAAAAGAACCUAACAUAGAUUGCAGAUGAAACUUUGUACACUGAUGUAACAAGUCAAGAAGAUGAUAAAAAAGUAAUAAAAAGUGGGGGUCACCGUGCUCGUUUUGACGUCACAAUGCUGACAAAUACGGCUAUUUUGGACCCUUUGACAAAAAGCGCGCGCAGCCCAAAACUAGGCAAAAAGGAAAUAUUUUUUCAAUGAUGCAUGGGGUAUGGCACAGAAUUUGACUUUAAUGUAUUGUUUAUCCACUUACGUACUAGAAAAAUGCCUUUUAAUUCCUUUAUUUUUACUUUACGCUCACACGCGCUAUUCGACACGUGAUAGCUCAAUCCGUACAAUUUAGUAAAAUUGCCAAAAAACUGAACAUAGAAUUGUGCCAGUUUUUUUCUCACCGAAAGAAAGCACUGUCCUUAUUAAAAUCAUGAAAUAAAAAAUGGGGGUCGCCGUACUCGUUUUUGCGGUAGAGCUGCAGAAAGUGCGCACCAAAUGCAUUUUCCUUGAUUUUUGAGAGAGGACUGGGGCGAGUUUCAAAAUAGAAUGUAUGCGAAAGGGGGAAGAAAGUAUUAAAAAAUCCGUUUUUACAGAAUUUACAUCGAGAUAUCACAUUUAGGACACAAUGUGGUAAAGAAAGCGUUUAAAUGAAAAUCAAAGUGAAUAAGCACAAAUUAAACAUCCACUAUCGAGGUUCUCCGUGAGGAAGUCGAACUCAGCAACACGCGUACUGCUCACGUUAUGCACAUUCCCACCACAUUGAGUCUCACCUCGGCAAGAAACAACCGGAAGCAAAAAUUGCAAUAGCGUUUCUCUUCGGUCAACUUCAUUUUAAUAACGUUACUUCACAUGCUCUUUUUUACGGAGGCCAUCUUGUUAUGCGCAGUAAGAGAUGCGCAGUGCAAAACCAAGGAAUCACCUUAAGCAGUUUUGUUUGCCUAUUUUUGAGUUUUUAGUGCCAAAACUAUGUAUAGCUCAUUACUGAAAUGUUAUUACAGUAAUUUUUCAGAUCCGGAAAUGCUGGGUUUCGUAAAUUGACAAUUAACUAUACGUGUACCUCCAUAAUAACGAACAUUUUGGUAGUUUUCCCAAAAAUUCGAUAAUUGAACAAAUUUCCCAAGUCCCCUAUUGGCACUUUGUUAAAUCGAGGUUCCACUGAUUUCCGUUCGAAGGAAACCUGUAUGAGUAGGUUGAAAGUUUAACAUCGAGAAACAGCUAGAAACAAAAAAUAAGUUGCCUGCUUUUUACAAACGCAGUGUCGAUGAUAUGCUUAGCGCAAUGCCUGAUGUUGAAACAGCCUCUGAUAGUCCCUGAUGAUGCUAAACGACAUUCAUCCUUCUAUCAAUUUCACAAUGGAGGUUUAAGUUAAUGGCAGUCUCUUCUUUCUGGGAAUGGACAUAAUCAGGAAUCGAUGCCAGUUGGACACAAACGUGUACAGGAAGUCAAACAACGGACACUGCAGGUCACUGUUUCUUUACCACAGCUACGUGGAUGGUAUAUAAAUGGCGUGAAGUCUACCAUCUGCCAGUUUAAGUGUCAGAUGAUUACUAACACAACAAAAAGUUGUUGACAAGAAUGAAGCCCCAAUCACGAUUUUGCUGCCUUUCAAACACCAGAAAUCUACAACGGAGUAUGCAGACAACUUGGAGAGCUUAGUUGGAAGAUCAGUGCAACUAUCAUCCUGGUGAACACAGGUUGAAAGAACAGGGAUGAAAUCAAAGUGAGGGAAGACAAGCCACCCCUUGUGAAUCAAAAAUAUGUGUGUGUAUCAUUUUCAAUAUAACCUGUUUGUUAUAGGUUAUGUGGGUUGCACUUGCCAGCACCUUCUAGCAGUGAAUUGAAGAACACAAGGGAUGUGCAAUAGGAAGCCAACUGAUCGAGGGAUCAGCACGUUAUUAUGUCCCCAAAUGACAUUGCACAAAUGUUAACGACUCCGGUGGUUGAGCCGCUGUCCAUCCUCGUAAGUAACUGAUCAAUAAACUGUACAGAGGCUGUAACAGUGGAGGAUUUCAGUCUGAAACCAAACUUUUUUGAGGAGAUUAAAUAAAAUAUUAUUCUCUGUCAGGUAUCCAGAAAAUUAGGUAUGGACGGCUCUUUCUAAGAUCUUGCUCAAGUCAAAGUGGACAAGAUGAAGAUUGGUCUACAAAAUGAUGCAUGGAUCUCGUCUAUCACCUUUCUCAUGCAGUGGUACAACCCUCGCAUUUUUCCAAGUAGAGGGAAAAGUCCCUGUCCGUAACGAUAGGUUGAACGACAUAGUCAAGGAGGAGGCAACAGCGUGUACAUGUAGAAUUAUUGACUUUUGGUACAAACUCGUGCUAAGUUCAUAAUUUUUUAUACUGAUAGUUUCAUUUCUCAAGUAUGUUAAAGAUAUUUGCUUCCAAUCUGUGUGGGCUUUAAAUUCCCAGUUGUAAAUUUGCUCUUACUAGAAUUUAAGUAGAUUUUAGUGGAGCUCUCGCGCAGCGGAGCACCAUGGGUAAGAAAAUGUGGUAAAAUAACUCAGUCAACAGGUAUGGCAACCCAAAUGCAACUCGCGGUUUUUUUGACGGGAAAUCGGAUAGCCACCCGCGUCCUGUGAAGCAGAGACAACUAAAGAGUCAAUGAAGACGAAAACGGAAAGUUAAAAUUGUCUCUGUAUCCAUGUUUUCUAAAGUAUUAAGCUUUAUUUAGAUUAAUUCUCAUGUUCACAAAUUUGGAAUAUGGAGUAAGAGAAAGACAGAGAAAAAGAGAAAAUAGGCGGCAGGCCAGCGAAGCUCAACGAGAAAAAGGGCGACGGAGAUCUAGAGCGAGAGAUAAAAACAAAGGAGGCAUUUUUUUUGUCGGAAGAACAACAUGAAAAUUUUGUAGCGGCGGUGACAAAAUGAUAAAUGCUAGCGGCCACCAACGCAAGGUGAAAAGGAGCUGCAGUGAAAAAAAGUGAACAAGAAAACGUAAGACAUUUCCUCCAUAAAACGUGUAACUAAGACGUUUCUGUAAGUUUCACGUUGUAGUCGUGCAAUACAGCGACAAAUAAAUGUAAAAAACAAGUGUGCUGCACGUGCAAAGUUGCUUUUUUGCUAAUUAGACCUAUUGUUGUUUUUCACCGUUCUCCGGCGUUGCCUUCGCCGCUUAGCAUUGCACUAUUUUAUAUUUUGUUUGAACAAACUAUAAAUAUUAUCGAGAGCUUCGCUUUUAACCCUUGCUAAAUCUCAUAUAUUAUAGCCAUCGCUUAGGUACUGAGAUUACCUGUGUUUCACCUUUAGGUUAAUAGACUGGAGAUUUGUGUCAUCCCAAGCAAACAUGAACCACCGGUUUAUGAGAGAACUGGAAGACGUUGAAAAAGAAAACUCUGGCUUUUUGAUUCUGAAGCAUUGCCCUGAUGAUGUCAACAAUGUCAACAAAAGGUGCAAGGGUGCAGUGACCUAUGAUUAUCCNACAGAGAAAAAGAGAAAAUAGGCGGCAGGCCAGCGAAGCUCAACGAGAAAAAGGGCGACGGAGAUCUAGAGCGAGAGAUAAAAACAAAGGAGGCAUUUUUUUUGUCGGAAGAACAACAUGAAAAUUUUGUAGCGGCGGUGACAAAAUGAUAAAUGCUAGCGGCCACCAACGCAAGGUGAAAAGGAGCUGCAGUGAAAAAAAGUGAACAAGAAAACGUAAGACAUUUCCUCCAUAAAACGUGUAACUAAGACGUUUCUGUAAGUUUCACGUUGUAGUCGUGCAAUACAGCGACAAAUAAAUGUAAAAAACAAGUGUGCUGCACGUGCAAAGUUGCUUUUUUGCUAAUUAGACCUAUUGUUGUUUUUCACCGUUCUCCGGCGUUGCCUUCGCCGCUUAGCAUUGCACUAUUUUAUAUUUUGUUUGAACAAACUAUAAAUAUUAUCGAGAGCUUCGCUUUUAACCCUUGCUAAAUCUCAUAUAUUAUAGCCAUCGCUUAGGUACUGAGAUUACCUGUGUUUCACCUUUAGGUUAAUAGACUGGAGAUUUGUGUCAUCCCAAGCAAACAUGAACCACCGGUUUAUGAGAGAACUGGAAGACGUUGAAAAAGAAAACUCUGGCUUUUUGAUUCUGAAGCAUUGCCCUGAUGAUGUCAACAAUGUCAACAAAAGGUGCAAGGGUGCAGUGACCUAUGAUUAUCCAGAUAUUUUACAGGUUAAUUAUCUGCCUCUUUUCUAAAAGUGUAUUCUAUUUAUAAAAGCUUUUAUCAUUUAGUUACAGGUCUGGUAAAUGUUAGCCUUUUUUACAGUCUUCUGAGUUGCAGAAAGGGCCAUUUUUAAUUGAUUUUCGUUCUCUUCCAUUUAAUGUACUCCUUCCGCUUAUCUUGUGGGUAUAACGCCAGGGUGACUGGCCAUGGGACCUGAUUAGAAAACUUGCCCACUGCAUAUUCCACAGGCUUUGGAAAAGCGUCUUUAGUUUUCGGGCAAACAGUAUUUUGAAAUUAGAUGGGGAUUUUAUAUCAAACUGAAAGUUUCCCGACUGCGUGCAUAGCCACACAAGCCGUGAUUGAAACAAUAGCCGUCGUGUACGAACUCAUGAGAAGAACUCAGGAGAAACUGUUCGCUGAUUUGGCACAAUAAUACAAAGCAUUUUUUGUGCCCAAUCAGGAGCCGGCAUCCGGUUGAAUUUUUGGAAAUAGUUCGGUGAGAGUCGGUACCCAGGGGCUCUUUUGCCCGUACUUGAAAACUUUCGUCCCGCCUUUUCUCCCGACCCGACUGACUGCCCCUGGGUCUCCGAGGAUGAACAUAUUCCAAAAUGACGGCAACACUACCUUUUUUGUGUGCCUCAAUUUCACUUGCACAAAUUGCAAAAUAAAUUUUAACUUGAAGUGAGGCAUGAAGAUGGAAUUAUCAUAAAGAAAAAAAGUUUAAAAAAUUGUGCCAUUUUGGAAUAAGAUGUACGUAUUUGUUUGUGUUUUUGUUGACCAUGCGGGUCUGUUGGGUAUUUCAAAAUGAGUGACUGAGCAUGCUGCUUUCUGAAGUAGUGACAGUGGAAUCCCGCCUUACAGCCACCUCGGUAUUAUGGUCACCUCAUUACUACGGCCAAUAAAUAUCCUGAAGAAUAAUCGACCGUCGAUAAAGUAGGAUGUGAAAAGUGAAGAAAUCCUGUUUCGUGUAGAAUUAAUGGCCUCCUCAUUUGUUAUCUAAUCUCCAAGGAAGCGAGAUAACGCUUUUAAGAGCAUUGUUGUGUUUUUAAUCCCUCAAGGUGAAAACUGUUGUUCCCUGUUUGGCUUCCAGGUGGGGAUUUAUCUUUCAAAAACCGUCUGUGAUAACUACAAAACAGCAUUUUCUUUUGCAACAAAUUACAGCAACAUUUGCAUAGUCCUUAGAAGUAAUACGCAAUGGAGGCUCCCUUGCGCGCGCACCCAGUUCUUUCUUGUGCCCAUUACUAUGGAGUCCUCCAUGACUCUUAAAACCUCUGAUAUAUAUAUGAACACUUUUUUGAGCUUUCUAAUUUUUGCAACUCUAGUCUGCUACAGCUUUACCUAUGGAUUCCAAAUUUAAGUAGUAAAGUAGGCUCAUACAUUUUGUAUUUUACAACUGCACAAAGAAUCAACAGGCUGUAUUGAAUGUAUAUGUUAACAUACAGAAACUACUGUUAAAGCACCACAAGCUUAUUCAGGCCAAACAUUGAAUUCUUGAGUCUUUUUUUCCUUUACCCUCCCAAGGCAAAGAGGUGCGAUAUUUAUUUCUCUUUAGGGAUUAAUGCCUCAGCAGUUUGGGUUGUGUCCCAUUGAUAUCUUGGGUUGUCCAGGACUUCCAGACAACCGUUAAUUUCAAGCCAUGUUGUAGAAAGGGAUAAAUUGGAUUCCCAGGGAAUAUAUUUUGGAUAAAACACUAAAAAAAAAACAAUGGCCUAUGGCUUUGUGUUGGAAGUGACUGGUGAGAUGAUCAACAUUGUUCUCUCUUAAAACCUUUUGCAAUGCCUUGCUAAGAUUGCAUGGAGGGUUUGUGUACCCUGCCAGGUCAGUUAAAUUAACUUUUACUAUCCAAAACUGGAGUGUAGGCACACUGGAAAAUUGAGAAAGGGUUUUUUGAAUGUGGGCGAGGUUAAGAACUGUUUUUUUUCUUUUUUCGCUGUAGCGCAAUGUUAAUUAUUUAAAUAAAAUUAGAUGUUUGCUUAUUCCUGUGAUAGCAUGCCGAGUUCUGUCUAGUGAUACGUGGAGUCAGGUUGGGUCAGUCAACACUGUUAGAUGCAUUGAUGAUGGUAAGACUGUAAGCCUUUAAAGCACACUUACUAGGUAGUGACAAACUGAAAUCCAUUCAAAAUCCUAAAUUUGCUAUUGCCUUCUGUAAUCGAUAUUUAAGUUCUGUUCAAGAAGAAUCACUUGAAUGGUCACAAUGUACAAUUUUGUUUGUAAAAUUCAAAUCAUGUUUACUUAACAGCUGUCACUAAAUAGCCCUUUGCACUAAUGAUGUCACAAAUUUCUGGUUCCUGGUGUGACUCAGACAUCUUGAAAAUAAUUAAUUUAAACAUGGAAAUAACUUUAGAUGAGUGAUGUUAUCCCUAAUGUAGUAUCAUUACUGUGAGCACAAUUUGUUACGGCAUUCCGCUAAGAAAAUGUACCGAGAGCAGGGCCCGGAGCAGGACAGCAAAGUUGUUCGUAAAAGGGCACAUUUGGUUACAAAUCAUGCAAUUACAAGGAAUGAUCAAUAUUUUUAGUGCAAAGGCAAUACUUGUUCACUAUUAUAUGGGUAUCAGAGUUCAAAAUAGCAGCUGGCAGCCCGGCACUUUGACCAUACGAGCUGGCGACUUUUCACCCAAGAAAUAGAAAAUGUCAUGCUAAAAUUGAAGUUGUCUCAUAUCAGACAAUAAAGCAGCCAAAAAACGUUUUAAAGGGCUUUUUGGAAAAAUGAGUAGAUAAAGGUUUGGAAAUUUCAAGCGUGUUGCAAAAGUUGAAAAGGAGAAUUCUUGUUCACCGUGAACAUGCAACUAAUUCUUUUACGCGUUUGUUCAAGGGUGAGACAUGCAAGUUUGCGCUAGACAAACUGUUGCGUUACCGCCUUUGUGUUUCUGCAAGUGUAAUCAAGAUUUAGUUUGCACAAAAACCUGUUUAGUGCCGUUUUUGAUUGAGAAGCCUUUUCACUCAUGCAAAUGAAAGUCAGUUUUGUAUUCAUAUUGCUCGACAGAACAGAUUUCCCAUGUUUGUUCUCCGCCAGGGGUUCUCCGCCCUGGUUUGUGAGUGAAGAAAUAAUAAUUUCUAAUAAUGAUGCACUAUUGAUGGGACGUGCUCAUUCAUUAUUGACAGCUGAGAAUAAUAAACCCUGACAUAAAAAGUCUACAGAUUCGGGCUAAAUGCUGUGAUUUAUUUUGAACCUUGGAUAUCAAAAUACUGUAUGAUGUGAAGUAUAUAUGAAAUAAUUCAUUUUUGAACUGCGGUUGUAGAUGAAAGUGAAGAAUGGUCAUCGCAGUAAAUUUUCCAAUUUAAGCAAUUAGAAAGAAGAAGCCUGAAAAAAAUCAGGGCUUCAACGGGAUUCGAACCUCGCUCCCAAUGUGUGGCUUCAUAGCUCAGUUGGUAGAGCAACGCACUGGUAACGCGGAGGUCACGGGUUCGAAAUCCCGUUGAAGCCCAGAUUUUUUUUUUCAGGCUUCUUCUUUCCAAUUGCUUAAAUUGGAAAAUUUACUGCGAUGAUCAUUCUUCACUUUCUUAAAAUACUGUAUGGGACCUACAGUGUACUGGCCGCGCAACCAAACGUGAUUUAUACAAUUUCCUGUUUGUGCUCAUGUUGGUGUGCUUUUAACAGCUUUGAAAUUCUGCCACAGAUCCGAUUUCAAACGCCUAGUUUGAUCAGGUCGCUUUAUUUUCUGAUUUUUAAGAUUGAUUUCAGUUAAUUAUACCAGGUUGUGCUCCCUAUAUCAGUAAUGCCUUAUUGGAAUAAGGUUCAAAAUACAAAUUUAAAACAUUCAUUGCUGGAAGUGCAUGUUGUUCAUACAAAACCCAGUAGAAUGCAAACAUUGUCUGCGGCACGUGUGUGUUCUUAACUUUCAGAAAACCUACUUCUAGUAAUAGUGCAAAGCGCUGUUCCUUUGUCAGUAUUGAUGUAUGAAGUAUUGUUGUGUUGGUAUUAAUAGUAGCAUUACAAGGGCUAAGCUCAUGUAUUGACAGAGUGAUUUUAUCUUUAUAUAUUUUAGGGGUGUAUCCCUGUUAUUGUCAGUGAUGAUUACGUUUUACCUUUUUCUGAUGUGUUAGAUUGGAAAAGGUCAGUUGCAGUUUAUUUAUUUGGUAUUUUUGAUAGGCAUUUCAUUAUUUUUACCUAUAUAAAUUUUACAAGUGUGUAUUUAAUGAUUAUCUUUUCCAAGUAUGGCGUACUAUAAUUAUUAAAGCAAUAGAGAGCUUUCACUGAAAAAAACUACAGCAUGAUGUUGUCACUCAACAUCAUGCUCUAGUUUUUUUCAGUGAAAGCUCUCUAUUGCUUUUAUCCGAGACAGUUAUGCAAACCGAAGAUGAGUUCAAGGGAUUGCAUAGUUCUCGAGAAUUCUCCUGACCCUGUGACUGUUUACACAUACCACACUAUGCACGAACGACAAAAGGGAACUACUUUAAAAAUUUUUAAAGUAACUCCUUAAGUGAAAGCUAUUUGGCAGAGAUUAUGGGCCGUUUUAUUCCCAGCAUGGGAAAAUAUUUAUUACAAAGCUGUAAUGCUGUCUCAAAUUCCAAUUUAAAUUUGUUUCACUAUUCAACUUUUUUUUUUUUCGUCAACAAAGAGAGGCAAGACUCUUUGCUAACGCAUAAGGGUGCUGGAUAAAAUAGAAUUCUUACAAGGCUUGAAGUGUUGUACGCAAAGUUUUGCAUGCAUAGCCAGCUCUUGUUUUUCAGAAGUUGUAAUUACAAAACAGAUUUUCAUUUUUGCAGUGAUUUUUCAAUUUUGAACUGUUGAAGAAAUGGGUAAAUAAAAUAAACAUGUCAAAAAGUUUAAUUAACGCCCGCGUCGCAAGUGGAGGUUGGGUACCCAUGGGCCAGGGGGCUGCAACCGCAAUCAAACCCCAAGGCGGAAGAACACCCACAGGCUUACCAACCAGCAAGCCCAACACGAGCCCCAGCCCCCCACUACGGCACCCAUCACACUGAGGCCAGAAGCCCAGUGGAAGUAAAAUGAACACACCCCUGAAACAAAGAAAAAAACCGGGACGGAGGGAGACCCUAAACCAAGAAAGCGGAGGCAGGGAGGGCAACCAAGAGAAACGCUACGCUACUACAAUGCCACGCCAUGCUAACAAAGCUUCGAGUACAAUGCAAACACAACGUAGGCACAUGGCCUGCGCAUGCGCUGAAGCGACAUACCGCUGGACAGGAAUCUGUCCCCAAGCUCACGAACAAUGGUAAACGCUACAAACGCAAACAUAGUCACGCAACAGCGCUACAGAUGGCUAAAACGCCACCAAAGAAUGCCAAAACACUAGAGACCAUAGCUCCCAGUCGUUAAUUACAUUAAAUAUGAUUUAAUAGUAUUUUAAAAACAUUUUUGUUGCUUAAUUAGUGGACAGCAAGACGUGAUGAUGCCACAACUGUGUUUACAUACUGUCAUGUCAUUCAUACUGUCACUCACCUCUCAGCCAAUCAGAGCAUGAGAUCAAAACACAAAUUAAAUUUUGUAAGCUCUAUAAAUUGAAGUUGAUGUGGUUAUUUUUAUGAGGGUGUUGACAACAAUGCCAUAGUAUAGUACUUACAAGGAGUGUGAAGACUGCUUACACUGUAAGUAUUUUCGAAUACUCGUGAAUGUACUAUUAUUGCUAUUAUAAAAAUCACGCCAGGCAAAACAUACCAACAAUCACGUGGGUACAGCUAUUUAUUUUUUAUUUACGUAAUGAACAUAUAAUACGUGCAGUUUAAAUGCAAACUGGUGUACACAGUGCAUCAACUCUAUUAAAUUUAACCUUAGCUUGCAUAUGCUAAGUGUAAAGCUGAAACAGCAGAAAGUAUAUUACGGAGUUCAUUUUACUAAAUAGAUAGCUUAAACGAAAUUUUUAUUGUUUGUAGGGCUGCAGUUCAAGUUGUGGAAAAGGAGAUCAAACGCAUCCCAGCCAUUCUAAAGGAAAUCCCAGGAAGACAAGUCACAGACAUGAGACGACAGGUAGGUAAAAUAGUUCAUCGGAAAGAAGUACCAAUUCCAGGGUUGAGGAGAACUUGUAAUUAGAGGAUUAAUGCUUGUGACCCUGCAAUAACAAACGAUGUUAUUCUUAUCAAAACUUUAUUUGUCAAAGUCCAAUGAUAAUAUCAGAGGUUCUUUCCAUUUCACUUGAUCAACAAAUAGUCUAUCAGAAUGACAUGAACAAAACAUGGUAAUUGUCCGCCAUCUUGAAAAACGUCCGACGUUAUACCGCUGACCUCGUGAUAAGGCAUCACAAAAAUCAACCCAUAGGGGGGGGGGGCUUAGGCCCUAAUUAUUGUAUUUUAGAAUAAAUUGAAUAAAUGUCUAUCGAAAACUGACCAAUGUGGCUCAAAACGUGAAGAAAGUGGCUUCAAAGAACCUCAAAAAGCCCAAAGUUGGCGAAAAUUCUAAAAGUUGCCAAAAUUCUAAAAAGUUGCCGAAAAUCUCAAAAGUUGCCGAGCAACUUGUGGCUAAGCCUACCCUAAACCAUAUAAACUCUUAAUUUUUUUCACCAUUUCAGUGAUAUUCCUAAAAAUGGGCAAACACAGUGAUUUUCGAAUUAGUUCCUUCCAAGUAGUAGAUGCAUGACGAAUUUUACAGAAUAAAAAAACUGAACAUUUUUAAAGAGUUUAUAUGGUUUUGGGGGACGCUGUCACAAAAUUAUAGACGUAUAUAUGAUAUACGAUGGUGUCAGUUUAUCGAUUAGUGGAAAUUUGAAACUCGCCCCAGUUCCCUACGUAACUCUGAAAUGGCUAAUUAAGUUUAUAACUUAAAUCCCAGAAAACUUCGCACCAACAAAGUUACUGCCGAAAUCACAAGGCGGCUCUAAAUGUAAACCGCAAUGAUUCUUCAUUCGUAGUUCAAUUUAACAAUUCAUAAUUUCGAAUACAAGGGCAAUUUUGCUGUUUACGAUAGAGAUUGUCAAAAUUUUUGAGCUCCACGCAAGCAUGCCAGGCAUACGAUCCGCGUAUCAAACCGACAAUCAAACCGACAAUCCUGCUAAAGUUCCUCAUAAUUAUACAUAAUUAUGCGAAUGUUUUGACAAUCAACCUAUCAAAAUUACUACCCGGUGUUCGGGUGGUGACGUCACUGGACGGCAUUAACGGCCAGUCGAUUCAGACGUUGCUUAGAGGAGAAAACGACUCGAAGUGAUCAUCUGAAAUUCAGGCUACUCCUUGUUUUCAGGACUGGAAUGCUCCUUUCUUUAGCUCCAAGGAAACCGCAACAGUGAGUUUAAGAGUCAAUGUUGUCUCAGAAGCUUUUUGCCCAUUUGUAACCAUUUAAACCUGGAUAUAGAAAGUUUAAGACAAGUCACAGACAUGAGACGACAGGUAGGUAAAAUAGUUCAUCGGAAAGAAGUACCAAUUCCAGGGUUGAGGAGAACUUGUAAUUAGAGGAUUAAUGCUUGUGACCCUGCAAUAACAAACGAUGUUAGUAAAUCAUCAUCUCUUAUUUCGUUUCCUUGUUAGCACCUUGUUUGCUGGUGCAAAGCAGCCAUGAUUCUUAAUCUAAACAGCUGUUUUUUCUCUUUCAGGGAAAAUGGUUUUGGGACAGGUAUUUCAGCUCCAUGGGAAAGAUAGCUCUUGCUACCUUAAGAGUUUUAAAUGACAGAGUGUACCAUUACUCUGCUUGGCAGUAUGAAGUAAGCACUACACUGAUUUGUAGGUUUUGCUAUUUUUCUAUUACAUGUAGUAAAUGCACUAAGGAAUGAACAAAUUAAUGUAACUCAAGAGGAACCAGGAGUUUCACAUGCUUUUUCAUUUAGCUUGUUAAAAGUAUACAUAUAAUAGCCAAUGCACUACACAUUCUAGACCAGUGCAGCAUCAAAUCAGUACCAGGCACUCUCAUUAUUUCAAAGCAGACAUUCUCUUUAAGGCAGAAAUCUAGCCUGGGGCCCAUUUCUCGAAAGUCGCAAUAACCUUUCAGGCCCAAAAAGAUGUUUUAUGUUUGCCGUGUUUGCACUCAAGAUCAAAGUUUCAAUAAUUUUGAAAAUGGUACAAUGAAAUUAUGCAAGAUUGACUGACUUGUGAGCUAGGCACUGUGCUACUAUUCAAAAGGUUUUGAUUUCAAAAUUUGCCUUCAAACCCGAAAAGUUACUGGGCCUUUUUAAACAGGCCCCUGAACUGAUACAAUUCUAAGGGACUGUCCAGUCUCCACACUUGGUGCCCAGGAACCAGUGCCUGGGUACCAGCACAUAAUAGUGUUGUGUUCACACCUGAGUACCUGGUAGGUGACUGUGUGCAUAGUAACUCCAUUUUACCCUGUCAGAUGUUAUUUUAAAACAUGACCUUAACAAUGAGUAUCUGGGCACCUGAUGUGAACACUGCCCAAAAAGACUCACUACCUUGAGAAUUCCCAGCUGCUUCUCACUGUUCACGUCCCCUCCCAUGGGAAUAUUUUGGAAGAUGUCAUUGGCAGUUGUUAGCAGUAGCCAAGUACCUCAUCUAACCAAAUUAACUUGUCCUCAUCAUCUAAUCAUCUAGCCUGAAUUUCAGACGAUUGAUUCGAGUCGUUUUUACUCCCUCAGUAACGUCUGAAUCGACUGGCCGUUAAUGCCAUUCAGUGUCGUCAGUACUCCUUUGCGUUAAUUCAUGCAAAAAGUAAAACACGAUUUUGAACUGGCAAACAAAGAAAUAUUGUCUGGAAAUGUCUACAUGAUACUUAAUUGCUUUACUCUUUUGUAUUGUAAUUCAUGUUUAACGUGUAAACCGUCAAUUGUAUGCGGUACUCUGAACGAAUCUGUUUGUAUUCAAUAAUCAAAUUCGAUCGCAAUCACGCAAUGAAAUAAGCUUUUAAAAAUUACACCCACGGAACACUUCAAAAACAAAACAAUUUGCUUUAAUUGAAAAGAAGCAAUUUGGUCCUUAACAAAGAAGAAAGAAAACAAGAAAGAAAAGCUAAUAGAAUCAUUACACUUGACGGUGGAAAUGACGAGAAGGUCGAAUUGGCCAUUUGGGAGUUGCGUAGGGAACUGAGGCGAGUUUCAAAUUUAAACUGAUCGAUAAACUGACACCACCAUAUGAAAGGUCAUGUUGAGAUUGAUCAUUUGACCAAGUUUGGUGCUCUAAGGUUGAACAGGGAUCAAGUUAUGACUCUUGAAACAUGGUUAAAGAGCCAUACAAACCUCUGUAAUUUUGUGACAGCGUCCCCCUAAACUAGGCUUAGCCACAAGUUGCCGAUGAAUCCCCAAAAAGUUGCCGAUAAAAGUAUCUAAAAGUUGCCAAAAAGUUGCUAUUUUUUUCAAAAAGUUGCCAAAAUUUUUCUGCUUUUCGUACCUUUUUUGGGUGUUAAAGAUUAAAAAUUCGCACAUUGCUUCUUAUCAAAACUUUAUUUGUCAAAGUCCAAUGAUAAUAUCAGAGGUUCUUUCCAUUUCACUUGAUCAACAAAUAGUCUAUCAGAAUGACAUGAACAAAACAUGGUAAUUGUCCGCCAUCUUGAAAAACGUCCGACGUUAUACCGCUGACCUCGUGAUAAGGCAUCACAAAAAUCAACCCAUAGGGGGGGGGGGCUUAGGCCCUAAUUAUUGUAUUUUAGAAUAAAUUGAAUAAAUGUCUAUCGAAAACUGACCAAUGUGGCUCAAAACGUGAAGAAAGUGGCUUCAAAGAACCUCAAAAAGCCCAAAGUUGGCGAAAAUUCUAAAAGUUGCCAAAAUUCUAAAAAGUUGCCGAAAAUCUCAAAAGUUGCCGAGCAACUUGUGGCUAAGCCUACCCUAAACCAUAUAAACUCUUAAUUUUUUUCACCAUUUCAGUGAUAUUCCUAAAAAUGGGCAAACACAGUGAUUUUCGAAUUAGUUCCUUCCAAGUAGUAGAUGCAUGACGAAUUUUACAGAAUAAAAAAACUGAACAUUUUUAAAGAGUUUAUAUGGUUUUGGGGGACGCUGUCACAAAAUUAUAGACGUAUAUAUGAUAUACGAUGGUGUCAGUUUAUCGAUUAGUGGAAAUUUGAAACUCGCCCCAGUUCCCUACGUAACUCUGAAAUGGCUAAUUAAGUUUAUAACUUAAAUCCCAGAAAACUUCGCACCAACAAAGUUACUGCCGAAAUCACAAGGCGGCUCUAAAUGUAAACCGCAAUGAUUCUUCAUUCGUAGUUCAAUUUAACAAUUCAUAAUUUCGAAUACAAGGGCAAUUUUGCUGUUUACGAUAGAGAUUGUCAAAAUUUUUGAGCUCCACGCAAGCAUGCCAGGCAUACGAUCCGCGUAUCAAACCGACAAUCAAACCGACAAUCCUGCUAAAGUUCCUCAUAAUUAUACAUAAUUAUGCGAAUGUUUUGACAAUCAACCUAUCAAAAUUACUACCCGGUGUUCGGGUGGUGACGUCACUGGACGGCAUUAACGGCCAGUCGAUUCAGACGUUGCUUAGAGGAGAAAACGACUCGAAGUGAUCAUCUGAAAUUCAGGCUACUCCUUGUUUUCAGGACUGGAAUGCUCCUUUCUUUAGCUCCAAGGAAACCGCAACAGUGAGUUUAAGAGUCAAUGUUGUCUCAGAAGCUUUUUGCCCAUUUGUAACCAUUUAAACCUGGAUAUAGAAAGUUUCUUACUGGACAGUAACUUGAUGCGAUUUUUGUUGACAGUCUCACCUUGUACCUCCACUGUUUUUUCCUCUGCGUCCUUACAACAGUCAAGGAUUUACUGCUGUUGUUCUGUGUUAUGACCGAGUAGACACCAUGUUUAAGGUCAUCACCAAAAUUGCUGAUACUCCCAGCUUAACAAAGGUACAGUUUAAGACCGCAUGCUAACAUGCUUUUUUUUUUUCCCUGUGGAAACCGGUCUCACGCCAUUUCAAACUUUCAUCUCCUGCAUCAACUCAAAUAGCAUACCUUUAAUGACCUACUAAACGCCCGGUACGUUUAUUUAAUUUAUUUAAUCCAAGGUGGGGCGUUUAAUGGUUAGGAGGUGUUUAAAAGAGAGGCGAUUAAUGAUUAUAACUGUAACAAGCUCAACAAAACUAAUAUGCCCUCGGCAAAAAUAUCAACAGAGUUUAAAAAUAGCGGAAUAUCCACUCCAUCAAUUGAUGCGUCAAGGCCGGAGUCUAGAUCAAUUUCGCUCUUUCAUACCCCAACAUCGACGUGAGAAUCCUUGCUCAGCAUUAUGGUUUUGCCGUUGUUAGUGUAUCCUUGCUUUGAACUUGGCAGUGAGCAAAAUGAAAUGCGCAAAGCCAAGCAAAAAACUGAAUGAAUUGAAUGAUUUUGCUCCUUUUUACUAAUUCCUAGUAUCUUCGCGUAAUUCUCUUAGGGGACGACUGUCAGAGAGAGGCGUCCAAUUAAAUACAAUUUUAACAUCGUAGAGGGGGCGUUUAUUAGAUAAGAGGCAUUUAUUUGGAAGUAGGCGUUUAUUAGGUCAUUUACGGUAGUUGUUUGCCAAUGUUUUAAUUCCACGCAAGCCAUGUACAUAAUCCAUAUUUUCUCCCCUUUUGACAAUGCAUUUUUCAUAUAGAAUAAUAUAUAUAUUUAGCCAGGGCUAAAAUAUUUAUAAUCAUAUACCUUAUUAUAGGAAAUUAACGCGAAUCGUUAAAAUUCGCGUUAGUUUAAGUCGCGUUAAUUUUGUUGAGCGUUAAUUUCGGCGACGUUAAUUAAGUGCAGAGUUAAUCUCCGCGCUCUUAAUUUCCAGUAUUUUAACCCCAAUUUUGGAACCUGUCCGGACACUCUUGACACCUAAGAAAAACAUUAACUACAAGCUUUCUUUCUUUCUAUUUACCCUUUAUUUUUCAUCUUUCACAAAAGCGAAGGCGAAGGUUUACAAUAUUUAGAGUUCAUCUUCAUCGUUGUCGCUGUCAAAAGUUAUGUUUGAUUUUGGUCAAGAUAAUCGCGUUAAUUUCCUUUCCCUUCCCUACCUCCUCUUUGCGUUAAUUUUCUUUAUUCCAAAGUCGUUUUCCAUUAAAUUCGCGUUAAUUUAAGUGGCGUUAAUUUCCAAUACCUUAAUUUCAUGGAGCGUUAAUUUCCUGUAAUAAGGUAGUAGAUAAUAUUUAUAGUUCGUUCAAACAAAAUAAAUCGUUUAUUGCUAAGCGGCGAAGGCAACACCGUAGAACGGUGAAAAACAACAAUACGUUUAAUUACCAAAACAACCAACUGUGCACGUGCAGUAAACUUUUUUGUACAUUUCUUUGUCGUUGUUUUCCACGACUACAGCGUCAAACGUCCAGAAAAUUUUCUUAGUUACACUUUUAAUGGAGGAAAUGUCGUACGUGUUUUCGUUCACUUUUUUUCACCGCCGCUCAUUUUCACCUUGUAUUUGAUUAUUGGCCGCUCGCAUUUUGUCACCGCCGCUACCAACAAAAAAAAAACGUCUCCUUUUUUUAUGUCUCGCUCUAUAUCUCUGUCGCCCUUUUUCUCGUUGAGCUUCGCUGGCGUGCCGCCUUCUUCUCUUUUUCUCUGUCUUUCUCUUUCUUUACAUUCCAAAUUUGUGGUCAUGACAAUUAAGCUUAAUACUUAAGACAACGCGGAUACAGAAACAAUUUCUGCUUUCCGUUUUCGUCUUUAUUGACUCUUUAGCUGUCUCUACUUUACAGGACGCCGGUGGCUAUGCGAUUUCCCGCCAAAAUAACCUCGAGUUGCAUUUGGGUUGCCACACCUGUUGAUUGAGUUAUUUUACAUUGGUUUGCCUGUGGUGCAGGCGGGCAGGCGGGCGGGCCUACGGUCACGUGAUUACCAAACUUUCUCGGAUGGGUAGAUUACAGGGUUUUCCCUCGAUAUUUUCCUUUCGUAGUCCCUAAGAUUCCUUUAACCCAAGGUUGAGGGUCCCAGAGGGAACAGUGGAAGUCCUAAGGUUAGCAUUGUUUCAAAUUCCAGGAAAUCUUUGAAACAUUUUCGGGUUUCUUGUUAAAAAGAGAAGCAUCACUACAACCGUUCGCAGCCUAAAGUUCCGUUAUUGGAAUUUAUCAGCAGCAUGUUGUUCUUAGUCAUAAGAUACACUUUUUUAUGCUGAACAAUGUGCCUGCCUGUAAUUUCCAGGGUUUGAUUGUCGAUGUUCUUCUUUGCAUUUGAAACUGUCGCUUGAAAGCUUUUUCUAAGCUUCAGGUCUGUGAUACUCAAAAUGUGGUCUUUAGAAUUUUGGUGCCUUUCCAGGGCCAACUUCUGAAGAUUAUUAUAGCUUACGAUUGUGAAAGGGUUUCUUUUACCUGUUGACUUACAGAUAUCGCAACCAUGUAAAUUCUUUCAACCAAACAGGCAGAAAACGCCUCUUUUUCUUAACGGGCUCAUUGGGCUGUGAUUCCAAAUCCGCCAUGUUUUUUCAACUCACUUUCUGUCCCAGAAUGCCUCACAAUAAAACAUUAGUUCCCAAACCUCUUCAAGGAGUGUCAAAUGUGGUUCCCCGAUCGGAACAUCAAAAAAGUAAGCUUGAGAACCUUUCAAAGUUAGUAUGGCUCUUCCUAGUUUUAAAACAAAGGUCAGACAAAAAAAGAAGAUUAAAAGGUCUUUAUAUUUCAUUCUCAAAAAAAGAUUUUUUGCAGAUCUACGCAGUUCUAAACUAAUUAUUAGUAGACUAUCGCUCUAGAACAUGUGCGUCCUAGAGGAACGGUUCUCUUUGGUGUUUUGCGUCCUUUUUUUCUUUUUCGGCUAAACAUCGCGUCCUCUAAAGCGUAUUUGCGCGUAAGGGAAAACCCUGAAUUGAUUACUUCAUUUUCUUACCCAUGGUGCUCCGCUGCACACGAGAGCCCCGCUAAUAUCCCUCAAACGCUGGGUUGCGGGUUGUAGUCAUUUACUUUUCUGUAAGUAAAGAAGAACUAAUGACAAAAUAUCCUGUUGUCUAUUGGGUAAGAAAAGGUUAAUAUAAUUAUAUAUAAAUAUAAAUACUAAGUCUACCAGUUUCCCAAGCAAAAAAUCCACAAGACAAUGGCACUAAAGUAUUUUUACCUCUUUUGCAGAUUGUUGUUGUGUGGAACAACGUCAAGAAAGCUCCACCGUCUGGUAACAUAACGAUUAUUUCCUUUUUUUAUUAUGGCAAUGAUAUACCAUCUUUUGAUUGUCGCAGCACAAGGCACUCUAGGACUCUAGGGGCUGUUUACAUAGAGGUGGGGAACCCCAGGUAGGUGAAGUAACCCGCUUAUGUGUGGUAACCUGCUUGUCCAUAUAAUUAAGCAGUAGAAAACGUUUUCCGUGUUUGCAUAGCCUGAUAUAAACACUAGAGGGGUUGGGGGAAUUCGUGACAGUUAUGCAAACCCGAGACGAAGUCGAGGGUUUGCAUAACUGUCGAGAAUUCUCCCAACGCCUCGAGUGUUUAUAUCAGGCUAUGCAAACACGGAAAACGUUUUCUACUGCUUAAUUAUAUGUACAAACAGGUUACCACACAUAAGCCGGUUACUUCACCUACCUGGGGUUCCCCACCUUUGCUUUUAUAAAAUAACUUGCCCGACAAAAAAACCCAAAACUUCUUUGUAUGGCACUGAUUAAAAGAGAAAUUCUUACCAGUCGCAAAAUCUUGUCCACGAAGUCUUGCACGCGUAAUCAGUUCUUGUUUUGCCAAAAGAUGCUUUGCAAAAUACGGAUUUUUCUCGCUUAAAAUGUCAGCUUAAGCGAAGAAAAAUUGAGUCACCUUCUUUGUAACAAUUUUCCAUGUUUCAGCCGACGAAGGAAGGGUAAAUAAAGUAAACUUGUCGAGUUUUGAACUCGAAAACUUUUUCAAAUUCGUGCUUGCGUGAUUAGCGCGCGAAAAGCCAAACAACUUGAUGUUUACAUACUCUCAUGCAAACGUUCCUCUCGGCCAAUCAGAGCGCGCGUACUAUCUUAGUUAUUUUAUAAUCUUUCAUAUUAAUGUGAUCCCGUUUACAUGAUAAGUGGGGUGACCAUAUGAGAGAUAUUACCCCACCUAAGUGGGUUACCUCACCUACCUAGGCUACCCUUUCUCCUUGUGAACUGUCCCUUAGUCGACUUGCUAAUCUUAGCAGCAAGCAGUCGCAUGUUAUUUGUCUAGUAAAUUGCACAGAAGAGCUUGCGGCGAUUCUCUUUUUAGCUCAGUCACCUUCACUGUCCCACUGAUGUCACUGAUAUGAUGGUUUUCUUUUCGUUCCUUUUCUUUUUUGCGGGGGUGAGGAAAACUUUGAAAUGUACUUGUGACGAGUGGAAAAAUUGCCAGGUUAUGCAGUUUUAACACUUACUCAACAAGAAGGUAGAAGACCGUCGAAUUGAUUAAAAUGUCGAAGUGACCAUACAGUCGGCUAGUCACAAUUAAUUCUUUUCCAACACUUAGGUUUGCCUCGGGUACAUGGUACAUGUCAGUUAGGGACUAGUCACUGUUGAUGAUAUGGAGGGUUGGGUGGAGCAUUUUGUUGCGACAAAAUGAUCUCCUUUCACAGGAUCUUGACUGAAACACCACACGGGUACCCUUAUGCAAUCACGACCACUAGACUACCCAAGUACAGAAGCUGAAAUACGCUCCGCGGCGAAAAAAUUAAAGAAUGACAAAAACAUAUUCGGACGAAAAUUAAUAACAAACGAAAUUAUUAAAGCUAGCUUACCUAUGAUGUUGCCUGUUUGCCUUAAACGUUAUGAAUACUAUUCUCAGUCUAGGGACUGUACCAAAUAUUUGGUACAACGGUAUUUAUAUAACUCCAAUAUUUAAGUUUGAGUCUGACGCAACAAAUGGCCCGUCGAAUUACCGCGGAAUUGUCUGGGAAAGCUAUUCUUUUCAAUUUUAAACCAGUCUGUUUGAACAUUUCGUCUCUCUGAACACACUUCGUAAAUCUCCAAUCUGAGAUCACAUCCUGACCUUACGAACUCUUGUAGACAAGUACGUCGACUGUCAUCGAAACAAAAUGUACGCUUUUGUUGUUGAUCUAAAAAAGACCGUUGACUCCGUUUGGCGUGAAGGGCUCUUACAUAAAUUACUGCAAAUCAGUUUAGGAGGAUGUUUCUAUAAGUUAAGUUGUUAGAUAUCAAUACUAAAAAGGGCCAAAAUUAUGAUCUUUUAAGAAACGCGCAAAGAAAACCUCAGACCUAGAACAGACCUUUGAUAUUGUACACGAAUACACAUAUUUAGGAACCAGAAACUCCUCAACUGGUAAUUUUGGUGUCUCAAGAUUUUAGAACGUGGGAUAGCUCGCCAAUUGAAAAAUUCAAUUUACACUUCCGCAAGCGAUACUUGGAAGUAAAUAAUAAGGCGUCUAACGCUGCAUGUAGAGGUGAUUUAGGUAUUUUCAUUAAUAAUUGAUAUGAAUGAAAAACUUAUACAACAUUAUGUAAUUUUUUAAGAAUGAUGAGGACUCUAUCGUCAAACAAGUAUUACUUGAAUCUGUAAAUAUUCAUUCUAACGGCAAUACUAGUUUUUAUUUUAAUACUAGUAGUAACCAAGGGCGAGGUAGUGCGGGCGGACAUGUACGUUUACCUUAAAGUGCAAUUGAUGUUGAGAACGGAUUUCAUAAUAGUGUACGUGAAUCAGAGAAAGCCCUUUUAGAUGCAGUGUCAACAAAAGGAAUCACGGCGGAACAUGAACGUCGUUGGAAACUGAAUUGAACAACACAGUAAACAAGACUGUUAUUAAAUUCAACGAUUUUAUUUACAGUGGCCUAGAUAAGAAGAGAAGCGAAGAGAGACGGCUAUAUUCGCAGGCAAAGGUACAAUGAAAUAAACAUAAACAACACUCAACGUGGACUGUAUACAGACAUGUCUCUUAUUUAAACUGUCAAUCAGAGAAAUACGCCCGUCACUUAACUAUAUAUGGGAAAUAAAAAUAAUCCUGAAAUAUUCCCCCGUCUGGAUUUCCAGUUCAUUGAAAUCCGAUGCUAGUUCGAUGAAAGUACUAGAAACAAAAUGAAAGAACACAAUUCAAGUGUUUUCAAAAACUGGUCAAAGUCUAUGAGAAAGCAUAAAUGACUAGCGUCUCCAGUGUGCUCAUUUAGAGUACUUUAGCAUCCAACGGUGAGAGUGUCGUAAUUGGUCUGCGCUUCACACUUGCCCCGGUUCUCACGUCCACCACUCUGACUUGUCCAUGCUGUCCUAGAUACACUGCCUCGAUCCGUCCGAUCUUCCAUUUUCGCCUUGGUGCGUAUGGCUCUAUCAACAAGACAACAUCUCCCACUUUGAGAUUCUUGGUAGGUAGAAACUAUUUGUGACGGGAUCCAAGUGUAGGCAAAUAUUCCCGCAUCCAGCGAUUCCAUCUAUUCCAUAGCUUGCGAAUCAACUCCUCCCCUCUUCUCCAUCGUUUGCGAACAGUGGUUGCUGUUGUGUCAACUGUCUCUGGAGCUAGCUCACCAGCCAUUUUGUCCAAUUAAGAAAUGGUUCGGGGUCAACACUAGUUCAUCAUUGACACUGACUGUCGUUGAGGGUCUGGAAUUCAACAAACUCCCGACUCCUGUAAACACUGUUUGUAACUCCUCGUCGUUAACGUUGGUUUGGCCUAGAACUGCGUAAAUUGCUCUCUUGACUGACUUUAUCGUGCUUUCGAAAACCCCAGCAAAGUUCGGUGCCCCUUGUGGGUUGAACACUCUAGUUGUGCCGUCUUGAUUAUUUGUUCCUCUGCUAGUUUAAGUUCCCCUGAGGUCAAAUCGCCACUUACUCUAUCUUUUUGAGGUUUUCUGAUAUGUGUAAUAAACUGGUUAAUCCAGCCGGUCACCCGCACCAACGAGAUGCCAAUCUCAAGCCUUCCUUUUGACUGGAUCCUGUACCACUUUGAAAACUUGUUUGGAUCUGGUUGACUCUUCGAUUCACUCCCAGAAGUAUCUGAGUAGUAACUGUGUGCAUUCUUGUUACGAUUCUCCUUCUCCAGAUUUCGUCCCUUUUUUCUCUGAUUUAACUUCCUUGUAAGCUUCUUAGGCUUUUCCCAACUUCCUUUCUGGCCACUUCUCUUUACCUUUCUGUAGAAACUAGGGUCCAUGCCACCAGCAGUCGUUCUUUAUUAACUCCUGAACUAAGACUCUUCUGGUUCCUUAAUCAGCAGGGUUAAGUUUAGUUGGAAAGUACCUCAACUGAUCUGGACUUGAAUCGUCGUCAACUUCUCCCACCCGACGGGAUACAAACGGUUUUGUAGUUUCGGCUCUGUCCCUGAACCCAAAAGCCGACAUUUGCGCUGUCCACCCAAAACGUGGCUUGGUACUUAUGGGAAUACCGAGUGCUCUGCUUAUCUGCAGUGUUAAUCUGAGACCUGUCAAUGUUCCCAUUAAUUCUAACCGUGGAAUACUCAUGGCCUUUAGUGGUGCCAACCUUGACUUUGCUGCAACUAAAUGUGUGCUUACAGUUCCUUCUUCAUAUUGCUGUCGUGCAUAUGUUACCACAGUGUAGGCUUUCUCAGAAGCGUCACUAAAGGUGUGUAUGAUAACAUUGCAACCAUUCUUGCCUUCAUUCAAACACCGUGGGACACGAAUUGCAUCAAGUUAUCCAAUUUCCUCAAACCAUUUCUUCCAGUCCGCUUUAAGUUGGUGCGGCAACUCUUCAUCCCAUCCUAGAGCUUCCAUCCAACCUUCUUGCAUCAGCAUUUUUGCCGGUACAAUAUAAGGCGUCAGGAAUCCAAACGGAUCAUAAAUAGUGGUAGUUUUCUUCAGCACGUUCCGUUUUGUCAAUGGGAAUUUCUCUGGUGGUGGGCUGAAACAAAACGAAAACUUGUCUUCUUGAACAAUUCACACUACCCCCAAACUCUUUCUUCUACAGAUCAACUUCUGCUGCUCGAUCGGUUGCUGGUAUGUCCUCGAUAACUUCAGGUUUCUGAGAUACCCAUUUGCAAAUGUGAAAACCAGCUUUAUUUUCAAGUCCGGUUAACUGUUUUCGCACCUCCUUUGCCAUUUCAACCGAUUCAACUGAAGGCAUAUAUCCAUAUAACAACUAUUCUUUACUACCCCUGCUGGGAGAGGGUACUCUUCUCUGUGGUCAUCUGCAUGCUUCUGCCUUAUACACUGUGCACAGAAGGUACAGUAACAACCCCCAAACACAUAUCGUAAGAAUUCGUAAACUUCUGGCUCCUUUUUCUCUGAUGUAAAUCUCUCCGUAGAAAUCUGAGCAGUGGUCUGUCUUCCAUGGUUAAAGCAAGCUCAAGGUACAUUUGACUUACGUCGCCUACAAGGGCGACCAGUUCCUUUCGAAAUCUAACGAGGAUACUAAACAUGCCUGUCUGCAAUUUUUGUCCAGGCAAGGCUUCGCUGUUUUAAAUUUUUCUCUGAAAUUCAGUGGAAGCAUCAAAGACAAUCCUUGUCUUCGUCGUAGACCUGUCAGGUCGUACAACGGGAAAUUAGGGAAUCAAGGUGGGUGUUGGUUCGACGAAUGUCCUGCUUUUCUAGAUAUGCUUCGAUAACCUUCUGAUAAACCUCAGCUUUUGCUGGGUCCUUUACCAGUUUUCGCUCGGUUGAUUUUAGGCGUUUCUCAGCUAACGGCCUGUUGUUUCGAAGACUGGGCCGGUCAUCCCACCAUGGAACAGCUACCACACAAUGAUCAUUCUCGAACUUCGUGGACUCGCUCACUUUGCGUCAAGCAACCGAUUCAUCAGGGGUCAUGACCGGUCUAGAAGGCAUAAUACCCAUAGUCUCGAGAUCCCAGAAUCGCUUUAAGGUUGUAUUCAAAUCAUCCUGCUUUUCCGCUAUUGUUUCCACCCCUCCAAACUGCUCCUUGCGAACGGUUUGGCAUAAAUUGGUAUGGUGCAUUUCUCCGGUUCUUUCCUUCUUUAUCCUGCCCACUGCGGUCCACCCUAUGUAAAGGAUAAAGUCGCGCACAGUUGAUGUUACACGCUCUACUUCUGGGACACUCCUCGCCAAGAUGAUCAUGACCCAAACACCUGUAACAGUCCUAGCUUCUUUGCAGUACCCUAUUUCUCCUGAAUACUUCUUUUCUUAAAAACAUCGCAAUUCCAGAUGGCAUGACUUUCACCACACACCUUACACGCACCUUUCUUCUUACCAUCAACUUGGUUAGUUCCAUAGGAUCUACUCCUUCUCUCGCCUGACUUCCAAGGGGGUUUUCCUGACUUCAAACCAUGAUUAAGUUCUGUGGCUUGCAUCUGAUAUUCAGCCUUUUCGGCGGUCCAAUCUUUGAGUAUAAUUAGAGACUCAACCUUCUGAUUUUAUCCUUAACCCAUCGAGAAUAUUGAGCUAGUGAGCGGCUAGUAGUUUUAGACGAAAUGUGUAAAGUGUUUCUGCUUCUAAUUCCGCCUCUCUAUUGUUUUUCUGCAAAUUGAUUACAGCCUGCUCCAGCAUGUCUGCAAAUUUUUGCAAUUCUUUGGGCAUUUUCUUCUCCGUCUAAGAGGUUUCAUUUUAAGCAACUCUUCUACAUGGCACUGGAUUUUCCGUCUAUUUCCUCCGUAUUUCCUCACUAAUCUCGCUUUUGCCGCUUCAUAAGCAGCCUCGGAAUAUCUUAAACCUUAAAUCGUUUCUAAGGCUUCGUCUGACAAACAAUAUUGCCUCCAAUCUUGACAAAUGUCAACAUUCUGAACUGAGCAGAAUACAUCCACACAACUCGUGAAUGUUGCUUUCCAGUGCUGAAAUUCAGUUUUGUUCCCACUGAGUGUUGUAAUACGAGUUCUUUCUAGGUUUCCUACCCCACUUUUACCAUGUUUGUUAAACAAGCUGGUGUUAGAAUUAACUUGCAUGUCUGCAAAAAAAAAACUUCUACCUUUUGUUACACAGUACCCCCCGCUUUACCUAGCCUGACGAGAAUACUGAUGAAGAAUCGAAAUGGUACCUGAUACAAAACAAGCAACGAAUAAGAGAAAUCUUUAAGAAGCCUCCCCUCCCUUAUUACAAAGGAAAAUCUCUUAAGGACCUAUUAGUUAGCUUAUAGAACGAUGCUCUGACGCUCAUACAACUUUCAAUACUAGUAAGAGCAGGAGUCGUGUGAUGCCCCUUCUCUUAUUUUUCGGCAUAUUUUCCCCAGUUCUUCUGCGAAAAACACAAUAUAUGAUUUGUCCCCAGGGCCCCAAAAAUGAGAUAAAUUGUAAUAUUUUGUCGUCGGAAAGGCCCUUUUUCCUCUUACACAUUAAUUUUGAAACACAUUUUCACAAAUUUGCAAGAAGGUAACAGGAAGAGUGAACCUCUUACAGCACAUCCGUUCCAGCAUUGAUACUGUCAAUGUCCAACGAACUCAUCAAUCGAUGAUUAUGUCCAUAUUUACGUAUUGCAGCUAUAAUAGUCCUGGAUAAUCAGAGUCCCGCAAACGCAUGAUCCGCUCCAUUGAGAAACGAAGCCUCGAAAUCAUUUUCCCAGUCAGAAAAACUGCGAUCUUCGAUUUUUAAUAAUUUAAUAAUUUUUUGCAAAUGAAAGAGUACCGUUUUGUAUUUGGCUGCCUUCUAAGAAUGGGCUGCAUGUUUCCCGUUUAGGAAUUUUUUUCAACGAUUUCACCAGAAUGCUUUAAAAACUAGAAACAAUGGGAAAGCAGCAAAACUGCCGUAGGUGAGACUGGAUUUUGCGCGCCGUGGUUUUUAUUUUUGAGGCGCCUCGAUAUUUAAUUCACUGCCAUUAAGUUUAAGAAACAUUAAUUCUAAAGUUUUAUUUAGGAAAGCCCUGGACGAUUUUUGCUUGUAACUUUUAUUGUAGUCAGUUUAAAUGGUUUUUUGUGUGUUUGCUUUUUAUACAUUUUGGAUAUUCUUUCGUACUUCUUAUUACUUGUAACUUUUUAGGAAAUCAAUGUUCCCUUGUUCCCCAUUAUAACCCAACAGUUCCCUUGUUCCCUAAAAGUUAUAUUUUAAGAUAUCCCUUGUUCACUAAAACCCCUGGAAGGCCCUCUUUUUAUUCAUUUUCCUCGCGACUUUAUAUCUCAACGCCAGCAACGGUGGCGCAGCCGACUAAUUCAUUCAGCUGUCUUGUUAUCGACGCCUUUAACUUGCGUUUUCCAGCUUUCAAAUUUUCCACUUACAUUAAAGAGUCCCCAACUGAUUCUUCUUCUUUCUCUAACAUGUUUACACUGGCUUUCCACUCAAAAUUCACAAAAAUUUCCUCAGAUAAAUUCUUGUCACUUUACCAAAAAAUCGCAAUAACAACAACAAACACUGGCUGAAUCUUCUUCUUUGUUUAACAUGUUUACACUGGCUUUCUCCUCAAAAUCCACAAAAAUUUCCCCAGAUAAAUUCUUCUCACUUUACCAAAAAAGAACAAUAAACAACAAACGCUGCCCAACGCGCCACAAACCUGAUCCAAAGAUGACUUGUAACUCGUUUUUCCUCCAAAAUUCCAGCUUCUAUUCCACUUUCUGUUUCAAGAUUCGGCUCGAAGGACCAAAUUAAUGUAUUUCCCUUGGUUCCACUCGUUAUCCGUAAAAAAUCUAUUCAACAAAUGUAAAGGGAAAUCACCACGACUUUAUUUUUCCAACAACCCCCAAAAAAUGUUUUUCACAUCCGGUGACUCUUAUGUUAAACUGUCAAUCACAGAAAUAUGUGCGUCACUUAACUAUACGUGGGGAAUAAAAAUGAUCCUCAACAUAAGUCUUUCUUUAUUUGAUUAUACUAAUAUAUUAAAAAUUGCUGCAAUUUGAUUGGCCUAGAACAGUGGUAUUUAAGCUUAAUUUGAAACACCCACAGGUGAAAAUUACAAACCUUUUGCGGGCAGUAGUAUAAACAAAUAAUUGCAUGAUUUGUACGUGAUAUUUGGCAUAAAUACCACUUGUGACAUUUCAAAAUUGUCUCAAAUUUUACUCGCCUAACGGCUCGUGAAAUUAAGUGUAACAAUUUUGAAAUAUCGCUCGAGGUAUUUAUGCCAAAUAUCGCUAUAAAUCAUGCUAUUACCUAUAUUAAUAUAAGCGUAAGUUUUUGAAAAAUGUCUGCUAAGUUUACUUUUGGUUUUGCAUAAUUCGAUCGCGCAGUACAUCAACACACGUAAGCUUAAGCUUUUUGAAGUACAUAAAUAUUGGAGGCUGUGGUAGAAUUUUCUGACAAUUUGUGUGUAAAUAGCUCUUGUACAAAGCCUUUGUACAGUUUUAAUCUCGCACGAUUCAAUUAAUGUCGAGUUCCGAAGAAAAACGUUCGGAGGAAUUUUUUUCAAGCGUUCUAUAAAGUUUGCUUAUUAUAGCUUACUCUUUUAUCUUUGUAUGACACAGACAAGGCACAUAUUCUUGCAAAUGUGCUAAUUUCAGAACAAACUGUGCCACCCUCAACGUCACUCACUCGCGCGGAAACACGCGAAUUUGCACGGCGCUCGUGUGAAUUUCAGAAGAUAGGCGAUCGUUUUGAGACUUUUUUUGAGUGCUCUCUGAACUUUCCAAGUGCUUCAUAUCUCGAUAGGCAGUGCAUGCGCAGUGAAAGAAUAAGCCAAUGUUAUAUAAACAUUACUAGAAAUACGUUUAUCGCACUAAAAAACCUCGCGAGGCCGUAAUGGGCCAGCAGUAUAAAUAGAGGGGGAAAGGCCAAGGGGGAAAAUGUGAUUAAAAACAAACACAAAAACAAAACGAAAAUAUAUAUAUACAAUAAAGAAAAAAAAACGGCUUAGUCGAGAGUCGAACCUGGAGUCAUGGACCAUCCGCGCGGAAGGCCGGCUCCCAGACCUUUGAUCCACGCUGCCAAGGAUAACCGGUUAAUCGGGGAGAUUAUUAUAUUUAAAGUAUUAUUUGCGUGAAAUUCUGCCAUUAGACGCUGUUUGAAACUAGUGGAACUGUACCAUGAAUUCAAAUAUAUAGUUAUUUAAGGAAUGUUAGUCAUAAUUAUUUCUUGUUGUUGUUAACUUUCCGCCCUCCUUUUCCCCGCAAGUUUUUUUGUUAUUGUUGUUUCGUCCGAGCGGGAUAUUAGUGAACUUACGCAACAGGACGGGAGAGGAAAGAAGACGGCAAACCUUGUGUUACAAGCGUGACAAUAAUUGUUUGAAACAACUUUUCGCCAAACUUCACUUUCAUUUAAACAGAUCUUUUUGUAAAGGACCAGAAAACAGUGACAAUCAUGACAAAAUACGCAAGUAAUAGCCUUGUUACGUUUGUCACACAUUAGUGUUUUGCCGUCGUCUUCUUCCUGUCGUCCUGUUGCGUAGACUCACGUUGUUGUUCGGAAAAGCUUUUGACUGUGUAUCUCAUGCUGUCCUACUACAUAAGUUGAAUUCUUAUUUUGGAGUUCAAGGUUCUCUUCUAUCAUGGCUGACAGACUACCUGACCGAUCGAACUCACUUCUCGGUACUAAAUGGUCAGCACUCAACCGUGCUUAACGUUACUUGCGGGAUUCCCCAAGGGUCAGUACUGGGCCCAUCGUUGUUCGCCUUGUACACCAAUAACCUACUCGGAGUUACUUCCAUAAUUUUCAGUAGUUAUACCGUUCUCGGACUUGGUCAGUGCGGAUUAAACUGAUGAACGGGGAAUAAUAGAUUAAACAUCUUAUAAUGAUUUGUUCUCUUGUCAUUCAUCAAGGAGUAUUGUGUUACCCUCUUUUAAUACAAUUUAGAAAAAAAACUUGAAAAGUUAAAACAGCGAGGAUAAACGCAGAUUUGACUACAUUGUGUACUCAUCCUGUUAUUCUCUUUGUAGCCGCGAAGUGGCCUCAACUGACAAAACCUGUGAAAGUGGUCAGAACUAAGGAAAACAAGUUGAGUAACAGGUAACGGCUUUCAUAUCUUCCAAAUGAUGACAAAAUAUAAUUUAUUUUUGAUCUUCUGUCAUCUUUGUUAACAUUCUUUAUCUCUGUCAGGUUUUACCCUUACAAUGAAGUAGAAACUGAAGCGAUUCUUGCCAUCGAUGAUGACAUUCUGAUGCUAACACCAGAUGAACUGGAAUUUGGUUUCCAGGUAUGCGUACACCGUACGGUAGACCUGUCUUCAAACCACACAUUAAUUCGAAUCAAUCUCUAACUUGUGAUAGGUGAUCAGUUCCGCCUGGAACACACGCAUUACUUUGCUGCUACUUUAGUGUGCAUGGUGAGUCGCCAAGAGUGUUUUUCAUAAACGUGUAAGCGGGUAACAUGAAAAAGGUUCUAGUCUUUUAGUAGGAAUAUAUAAACGUCAUCCAAAUUUCAACCAUCUAUCAUACUCAAGUUUUUUCCAGUAUCCGAUAAUAUCAUUGCGGAGUUUUCUCUGCCGUGUCCGGACACUUAAUACUGAAAAGAGAAGUAAUCGUGCAUGUUUUUUUUUUUAAUCUUAAGGCGUGGCGGGAGUUCCCAGAUCGUCUGGUGGGAUUUCCUGGUCGUGUUCACACUAAUCAGAACAGCAGUUCCCAGUUUAAGUACGAAUCAGAGUGGACUAACAACGUAUCCAUGGUACUGACGGGAUGCGCUUUUCAUCAUAAGGUAUCAAAAGUGCCAUGGGAUUCUUAAUUCUUUAUGUUGCCUUGUUUCUGAAAUCUUGUUACACUUGCUUAUCACAAGAGGAAGUAACGAGACGUAUCGGACUUUUCAGCGGGCAGAUAAAUACCAAUUUUGUUUGAAUUGAAAGGUCUUGCUUUAACAACGUAAGUGAAUAUAUUAAGUCCAAUAACAACUCAGUCAAAAUAGUUUGAUGAGGGUAUGUUUUGUGUAGAUUCUUAAAUUGUUAGUCAUCCAUCUUCACCAGCGCGUUCGUUACGAAUUUCGCCAUAAUUAGCCUGCCUCUAUUCUACUAUUACUUUGAUUAGCUUCUUAACUGGAUAGUGCCUCGCGGCGUUGCGGCGUCCGUACACCGCAAAGAACAAUCAGUUAGUCUGGAUAUAUAAAUCAAUUCAUUAACUGGUUGAAUCGCGCAUAAUUACGGCCUUGAAAGCCAGCUGGAUUUUUUAAUACCUUUAAUAACUAGGCUGUUCAUUUUAUCGCGAGGAUAACAUUCAUGACUUUCCUGUGCUUCACUCACAGUUCACAUAUAUCAUGAUCUAUCCCAUUUAUUCCAUGCAAUCACAAUAAUUAAAGGUUACUACCGUUGUUUUUCUGAUAGUAUUUCAGUCACCUGUUCACGUACAUGAUGCCUUCAUACAUCAGGGACUGGGUUGAUAAACACAUGAACUGCGAAGACAUUGCUAUGAAUUUCAUGGUCGCUAAUUACACUGGAAAGGCACCAAUUAAGGUAAUGGAUAGCGGAAGUGACCAGGGAGACUUUGACGAAAUGUACUGAACCUCCUAUUCAUGGAAAUUGCUAAUGGUGACUUGAAACUACCAUAGCAACGACAAGAUAGCGUUACUUGAAAAAGGGAUUGUCGUUCAUUUGAAUUACCUUAAAUGCGUUACUGAAGCGUCCAAGGACCUGAAAUCUCUUAGAAAUUUUUUGAACUUUAUAGAAGGAAAGAAAAAUAGCCCACGGGUCUUCUCUUCACACACCUGUUUUAUAUGGCGGCUAUCUUAUUUUUCCCGGCGAUGAUGGGGCCAACCACGCACUGAAAUUUCAGCGUAUAUCGCGUUAACAAAUUCAAGUCGUUAAUGCCACCACAUAAAUCAAUAUACAUUGCAAAGGACAGGCAAGUGACGACUAUCUUAAUGUCAAACAAGACCGUUGUUUUUUGCUUGUCAUGACUCUAAGACGCGUCUUGAACUGCACCAUUAAUGCGAGCCUAUAUCUACUACUAUUCCUUCCUUUUUUCUGGGUGAUUCAUAUUGCAAGUAAUACGUUAUUCCCAGUUAGGUUAGAGAAGAGUUAAGUGUAAGUUGAUUUUUUAAUGCAUAUUUUGCGUUGCUUACAUCCACAGGUUACCCCUAGAAAGCGCUUUCGCUGUCCGGAGUGUGUGACCGAAUCUUUGUGGGCAGAUCCAAGUCAUUUUGUAGAACGAUCUGAAUGUCUGAAUGAAUUUGUGCGAGCUUAUGGUCAUAUGCCACUUAAGACUGUGGAGUUCCGAGCUGAUCCGCUGUUGUUUGGCGAAAAACUGCCGGACAGGGUUAAAUUGUACAAGGAUAUAGGAAGCAUUUAA